AUGGCCUCCAUCUCUCGCUCCCUCCGCCCCGUGGCUAUGCGCCUGGCCCCUCGCGCCACCCCUACGACGGCGCGGACUGCCUUCCGAACAUUUUCGACCACGCGGAUGACUGCCCUGCGCAAGUACACAAAGGACCACGAAUGGAUUGACCUCUCCGCCGACCAGAAGACCGGUGUCGUCGGCAUCUCCGAGUACGCAGCCGAGCAAUUGGGUGAUGUUGUCUACGUCGAGCUCCCCGAGGAGUCCGGGUCCUGGAUCGAGCAGGGUGACGGCAUCGGCGCCGUCGAGUCGGUCAAGUCGGCCUCCGACAUCAACGCCCCCGUGCGCCUCAAGAUCGUCUCUGUCAACAAGCUGCUCGAGGAGAAGCCCAGCACGAUCAACAAGGUGCCCGAGGACGACAGCCACGGUGGCGGCUGGGUCGCCAAGGUCGAGGUCGACGAGGCGGGUGCGCAGCAAGUGGAGGCUCUGAUGGACGCCGAGGCGUACAAGACAUUUGCUGCAGGCGACGAGUAA